CCGGAUUCGAACGAGACGUGGUUUGCUGCUCUCUUCCGUGCACGCGGUUGGAUUUACCGUUUGGAAGCGUCGGGAUUUGUAAUUACGGUUCCUUCUGGAGGAAGUACGCGCGCUUCUUGUGGAUUUACGUGUCGGUUGUCGCAGCUCAUUUGAAUCCAGUUUCCGGAUGCGAGAUUUAUCAACAAAGGAGUCUAUCAGGACUGAACUAUUCGACUUUGAACUUCUCUUCCUGCUUUUGGCAUAUUUCUCCCUCACUGAUUGGCUCGCCUGCAUACCCGCAUGCGAUUGGACGAUCCUGAUAUCCAGGUCGUCUGAGGGGGUUCACCCCCACCUUCUGACUGUCGGGACCACAUCCUGCAUCUAUUCUCACCUGAUUGGAGCGAAUAUCACCUGUCCAUCACAGCUGACUUUCACAUUGUAACAGCCACUAUGAGUUGCUGACAUCACUCCGCCCCUUUCUCCAAAAUGGCCCGAACUGAUUGGCUGUCACCAUGGUGGUCACUGCUGGGAAUGCUAAUGCUGGUUUCCUGGUUGUUGUGUGUCGGAGUCUUCGCCACACCUUUCCCCAAGGACCUGGAGCCAAUCAGCAUGGUCAGCUGGGAGCAGUCGUAUCACUAUCCCGCAUUUCAAGGUUUGCUUCAGGACAACGACACACUCCGCCUGGGCCUGGACUUUCAGAGGAUGCUGCGUAUCAACCACAUGCUCUACAUUGCAGCCAGGGAUCACGUGUUUGCAGUCAACCUGACGACGGUGACCGAACACUUUGUCCCUCAGCUGAAACUGACUUGGCGGUCCAAAGAUGUUAGCAAGUGUACUGUCCGAGGAAAGAACAGCGAUGAGUGCUACAACUACAUAAAGGUUCUGGUGCCCCGAAAUGAUGAGACCUUGUUCGCCUGCGGAACCAAUGCUUUUAACCCCACCUGCCGAAACUACAAGAUGACCACGCUAGAGCAGGUUGGGGAGGAACUGGUGGGUCAGGCUCGUUGUCCUUUUGAGUCCAGUCAAUCCAACGUCGGACUGUUUGCUGGUGGAGAUUUCUACUCAGCCACCAUGACAGACUUUCUCGCCAGCGAUGCCGUCAUCUAUCGAAGCCUCGGAGAAGACCGACCUGUCCUCAGAACAGUCAAAUACGACUCCAAGUGGCUUCGAGAGCCUCACUUCCUGCACGCCAUGGACUAUGGGAACUACAUCUACUUUUUCCUCAGUGAGAUCGCAGUCGAGUACACCGCCCUGGGAAAGGUGGUAUUUUCUAGGGUAUCUCGAGUUUGCAAGAAUGAUAACGGCGGCUCUCCCAGAGUUCUGGAACGGUACUGGACUUCAUUCCUUAAGGCUCGAUUAAACUGCUCGGUCCCUGGAGAUUCUUUCUUCUACUUCGAUGUUCUUCAGUCUCUCACCAACGUCCUGCAGAUCAACCAGAGACCUGCUGUUGUCGGACUCUUCACCACACAGUCCAACAGCAUCCCUGGCUCGGCAGUUUGUGCUUUCUACAUGGAUGACAUUGAAAAAGUGUUUAAUGGGAAGUUUAAAGAGCAGAGGACAAGCGACUCGUCCUGGACUCCAGUUCCUGAUGAUCAGGUUCCCAGACCAAGGCCUGGUGUGUGUGCAGGCGACAGUCCUGCUGCCGACUACAAGUCGUCAGUUCAGUUCCCAGAUGAUACGCUAACAUUCAUCAAAUCAUACCCUCUGAUGGAUGAGGCGGUUCCAUCCAUCAAUGACCAGCCAUGUUUCACUAGGACGUCCAGCAGGUCCAAGUUGACCCAGGUUGUGGUGGAUGUUUCGGCCGGUCCCGACAAGGACCGGACGGUCAUCUUCUUGGGCUCUGAUGACGGCCGAGUCCUGAAGAUUUUGGCGAGCACGCAUCCCAACACCAGCUUCAGGUCCAAACUACUGGAGGACAUCGACGUCUACAAUCCAUCUAAGUGUAACAUCCAGGAUCAGGAGGACAGGAGAGUUUUAGGACUGGAACUGGAUAAGGACCAUCAUGCCUUGUUUGUAGCCUUCAGCAGUUGCGUCAUCAAAGUGCCGCUGAGCCGCUGCAGCCACCACGGGGCCUGUAAAAAGACCUGUCUGUCCUCGCGUGACCCGUACUGCAUCUGGCUGCGGACUGGGAGCUGUGCCAACGUGACACCAGGUUUCAAGGCGGGUUUUGAGCAGGAUAUUGAGGGCAAAUACUCGCUUCACCUGGAGAGUUGCCACGCCGACGUCUUGGCGACUGCACGGAACCAAGACUCUGCAGCCGACUCCGCCUACGGUGUUCGCCAUCUUCCGGAGUUGGACCUGCGAGCAGCCGCCAACGUGCACUACACCCUGUUAAUUGCAUGCAUUCUGGUGGCCUUUUUCUUGGGCGCCAUCUUGUCUGGCUUCCUGGUAUCGUGCUACUGCAGCCGUAACAGCGCGCACCGGGCGAGGCGAGUGGGCAAGGACCCCGAGGCGUCGCUACCACACGCUUUGUCGCUGCAUUCCCUCGCCAAACUCAACGGGCUGCUGGACGGACAGCUGAAGGAGGACAAACUGGACGUAUCGUUGUCAAAAAUAUACAGCUCAUUCAUCCCAAAUGGACGGUCGGAGCCCAACCUGCACACCCCCAGACACCAGGACCUGCCACUGGUUGACCCCGACCUUAGCCUCUCCCAGUCUCUCUCUCAGGCUGAUGGUGAGGUCUCCGGACUCCCGACACCAGACUCCACCCCUGAGCUACCCAUCAAGAACGUGAAGGCCCUCCAGUAUGAGAAGAACCAGAACUGCAACAACGCCAAGGACAGCAACCCCAAAUCCAGACCAAGAUGCUCUGGAUCUAGUUUGGGUUUGAUGGCCGUUGUGGGGAAUUCUUUGACCCAGCAGGCGUUCCCCUUUUCCCAUCACAAUGACAACAAUUUAAGCAACGGAGUGGCGCUUGGAGCUGGAGCAGCUUCUUCUUCACUGCAUCUCCCAGAGGAGAUAAAGAUCUCGCACCAUCACAACUCCCAGCAGUCUCUUCCCCAGACCGUCGUGGAUGUCUCCGCGCUGGAUGAGCUGCUCAAACACAUCCAUGAAGUCAGCGCUUCGGGUACCGGUGGCAUCAAGGUCCUCACCUCCACCUCCUCAUCCGCCCUGUUUCCCGGAGCCUCCUCCGCUUCAUCCAGAGGGCACCAUCAUAACCACCACAGCGAGCAGCGUGCAUGCCUCUACAACCACAGCCAUCACCAUAGCAACCACCACCAUCAGCAGCAGCAGAUGCCUGAGACAGAACCCAGUUCACAUUUCAGCAACUCCGUGCUGCCAAGAGAUGGCCGGCCCAGACACCUUGAUGCACAAAAUCAAAACUCUUCUUCUUUCUCAUCGUCCUCCAACAAUCCCACCUCCUCCACUUCCGUCCCCUCCUCCUCCUCCUCCUCCGCUUCACCAACUCCGCUCCAGCAGCAGGUAAUUCCUGAAAAGCCUGGAGGCAGUGGAAUGUCACUGAUGCAGCGCCACUACCAUCGCCCCGCGCUCAUUAAGAUGGGCAGCGGGGGAGGGGCUGUGCCACGCCACCACAGCUUCAACCACCGGGGGUCAGCACCUAAUAAUUUUUUAGCCAGGAUGAACACCAACAGUAGCAGUAAUGGACCUGCAGGAGCUAACACCAGUAAAGACAGCGACAGACGCCGGUUGUCAUUUGCUAGCACCUGUUUGACACGGCAGCACAGUUACAGCGAAGGGCCGCACGUACAACGAGCGGCGAUCCGCAGAACGGUCUCACUCAAACCCCAGGUCCCCCCGAAACCGCUGUUCCUCCCAAAUACAGUGACAAAACCGGCGCCACAGGAGGAAAAGUACAACUACUGAGACCUUUAGAAGAGUUGUUGACAAAAUGAACACAGUGACAGAGACAAAAGGACUUCAGUGACGAGCCGCUGUCCUUGCCGCUUGUCAUUCACUCUGCGUUAUUGUUCCGUUUGCUCUGAGUCACACAGCUGCACCAUUGUAGCAGGAACUAAAGCUUGACACCAAAUAAAUGAGUGAGUCACACUCAAACAGCUCGGACCAGCUGGAGAAACGUUCCAAAAGCAGGUCAAAGAGACGCUAAUGAUCCAGAGGCCGUCCCUGGGCAGGAGGCAGCCUCACAUGUUCCCGAUGAAUGCAGUUUUCUCAGAAGCCUUUGAUCUCGUGUCCCUGGUUGUUAGUUUUCGGCGCAGGGCCCGGAUUUCAUUUGCAAACCUGCUUGACACGGUGCUGCUGGGAGUGUCGGACUUCUCUCCAAGACUUUGAUGAUUGAGUGGGACGAUGGCGGCAUUGCCAUAGGAGAACUCAUGUAAAAAAAUCCCCAAACACCCAGAGAGCUAAUUCCUUUCCUCGCUUCAGAAUUCUGUCUCCCUUUUACUCCGGUCUGGAUGGGAAGCAGAGAAGCUGAGAUUUUCUUUGGUUUCCUACACAGCAUAAAAUUCAAGUUUAUAAAGUUUAAUCCAUAAUCGAGUAUGAAAAGAGAAGAAUAAAUAAUCAGUGUGCUGCGUUUCCAAUCCAGUAUUUUUUUUU